CCCUUCUUCGUUCCGGUUUCAGUUUUCCUUUUCGAUCCAUCUUCCUCCGCAAUCUUGCAGCAACAUCGGCAAGAGGAACCAACGCGAACGCUGGUUUAGGUCCAUCUAUAGCGAUAGCCACCAAAGCACGCAGAGGCCAUGUUCUACUCGCAGGUGAUCCUCGCCAAGAAGGGCCCCCUCGCCAAGGUGUGGCUCGCCGCCCACUGGGGGGACAAGAAGCUCGCCCGGCCGCAGAUCUUCGCCACGGACAUUUCCCAGUCGUGCACCGACAUCAUGAACCCCUCGGUCCCCCUGGCCCUGCGGCUGAGCGGGCACCUGCUGCUGGGGGUCGUCCGGAUCUACAGCCGCAAGGUGAAGUACGUCCUGAACGACUGCACGGAGGCCAUGCUGAAGCUGCAGAUGGCCUUUUGCAACCAGGCCGGGGGAGGCAAGCUGGGGCUCCGGCUGGACGAGCACGGGAAGCCCGUCCGGGGCCGCGAGCUCCUCUCGGAGAAGGACGCCCCCACCCACCAGCUGGUGUCGAACUUUGGGGAGUACGACCAGAUCCACGUCGUCGAGGGCUUUUGCCUCCCGCUCCCGGAGGACAACGAGUGGAUCCUGGCGGAGGACGAGGCCGGGAUCGGGGGCGGGAGCGUCGGGGAGGCCUCCCAGGAACUCCUGCUGGCGGCCCACCUGCCCCGGAAGCCCACGGACGGGAGCGGGAGCGGAUCCCCCCCGGCCCCGGUGGAGGAAGAGGAGGCCUGGGCGCCCUUUGAUCCCGACAACGAAGACGACGACGACGACGAAGGACUCGCCGACGGCAGCCGGGUGUCGGACAUCGAGGUGGUCCGGGCCGCCAACGAUUCUCUCUUGAGCGACGAUCAGGUGGGUUGCUUCGGAAGUCUUUGUCGAUCUGUGUUUGUUGUGUUCUUUCGUGUCGUGUCGUGUCGAGUUGAGUUGAGUGGACUUGAGUUGCAUACAGUAGUCUUGCGUUGACCUUCUCGUUGCGUUGCCCUCUCACCCGCUCGGAUUCUGUUUUUUCCAUACGUUCGGUUCGGUCCGGUUUCGCAUCGCAGACCCGGCGUGCGUCUUCCCUGCUGGACAAGAGCGCCCUCACGGCCAACAGCUGGAACAUCAACAACAAAAACAUCGACAACAACGAAAACAACAACGAAACCAUCACCAACACCAACCCGCAAGAAGAGGACUACGACUUUACCGUUCCCUUUGGGGAAGACGACUCCGAUGCCGACGAGCCCGUCGCCACCACCCGCCUGUCCGAUGCGGGACUCGGCGAUUCCGCCCUGCAGCUGUCCAGGGACGGGGGCACCCCGCUCUCGACCGGCAACGCCGGGCUCGGGCUGGGCCUGGAUGCGGACGAGGACUCGGCCGGGAACGCGGGGGGCCUUUCCGACCCUUCGAAACGGGAGCAGUUGCAACGGGAAGAGGAGCCGAAGCCGCCCCCCCGCAAGCGCCGCCGCAAGAGGCGCAAGGUCGUCAUCGACAACCACGAGACGGAGCUCACCAACGACCACAUCCGGGGGAUGCUGCGGUCCACGGACGACAUCGUCCGGCCGAUGGUCCACCCGGCCUCGAUCUGGGACGAGGAGGGCACCGGGAAGGACUACCGGGCCCUGGUGCUGGAUCGCAUUGCCGAGCAGAGGGGCGCGUCCCGGAAGCGCAAGAAGGGCGUUGCCUUUCGCGAUGUUCCGGGGCCGGCGUCGAGCGGGGGGGUCCCCUCGCUCACACGGCCCUUUCUGGCCGAUGCCUCCGAGUCCGGCGGGCCGGGCCUCCACCCGGUCCUGCAGCGGCUGUGGGAGGACAACUACUGGAGGGCGAACGAGCGGCCCUGCCCGUACCGACGCCUGGAUCCCGGCGGAGACGGCAACGACAACGACAACGACAAAGACGACAAGGUCGUGGACGACGUCGAGCACGUCCGCAGGGGAACCGCUGCCUCGGACGACGAGAGCACGGUUGGGGGCCGGUCCGAGCUCGGGGUCGGGGCCGAAAAGGACGACGACGACGCCCGUUCCCGGCUGUCCACGGGCCAGGAAAUGCCCCGGGACGACGAGAUGGACUUUCCCGUCGCCAACGACGAGGAGGACGAGGAAGACGACGAGAUGGACGCCCCCGUCCCCGACUUUGGAGACGACGAGGAAGACCCCACCAACCUCGCCGCCGGAGGAGACGACGAGGACCUACUGGACCUCGGCAUGGUCAACGACAUGGUCCUCGAUUCGGACGAGGACGAUCGCCAGGACGACGGCGAGGACGACGAAGACCGCGAGGCCAUCGGGGACGCGGCCUCCUCGUCCACCAAGUGGCACAAGCACACGGUCCGGGUCUUUCGGCACCUCAGGAAGUGCCUGAGGGACCCGAACGCCGACACAGACGAAGACGGCGGCAUCGCCAACGAGGGGCUCCCGGACUCGGUCGGCUUUGCGGACCUGACCAAGAACGUGGUGUCCCGGCGCAACGCCUCGUCCGUCUUUUUCGAGAUGCUCCAGCUCAAGACCUGGGACUUUAUCGAGCUCGAACAGGAACGGGCCUACGGGGACAUUGCCAUCUCGGCCGGCCUCCGCUUUGGGGAGGACGCCCCCGAACACUAGGCGAACGAAACGAAAGCGAAAGCGAAACGAAAGCAAAC